AUGUUCGUUAGGCUCCAGUCCACCAAUGAAAAGAAGGAGGUGGAAAAAACAGAAAAGAAGUUGAACGACUUGGACAAGAACGUAGCUUCAGCCGCCAAGAAUAAGGACCUUGUCAAGGCCGAUAAGAAGGCAUCCUUGUGGGACAAAAUUAAGCACGAAGCCCAGCACUACUGGGAUGGUACCAAGUUGUUGGGAUUCGAAAUGAAGGUCUCUACCAAGUUGUUAUUCAAGUUGGUAUCUGGUUACGGCUUGUCCAGAAGAGAAUCCAAUCAGCUCCAAAGAACAAUUGUGGAUGUGAUCAGAUUGGUUCCGUUCUCCAUGUUCGUGUUGAUUCCUUUCGCCGAACUUUUACUCCCAAUAGCAUUAAAACUUUUCCCAAACUUGUUGCCUUCUACCUAUGAAUCCAAGCAAGACAGGGUCAAGAAGAGGGCCAAGUUGUCCAAGACUAGAGUCUCGGCUUCUGAGUACAUCAAGAAGACCAUGGAAGAAUCCGGACUCAAGUUGUCUAAAAAGAUCACUGAAGCCGAAAAGGAAGCGUUCGUUUCAUUUUUUCACACCAUUUCCAUGGGAAAGAACCCUACUAGAGAGCACUUGAUCCAGGUGGCAAGAAUGUUCAAGAACGAUCAAGUUUUGGAUAACUUGUCCCGUCCUCAAUUGGUGGCCAUGACCAAGUACAUGUCGUUGAGACCAUUUGGAACUGACUCUAUCUUGCGUUACCAGAUCAGACACCGUUUGUUGAACAUCAUUAAGGACGACAAGGCUAUUGACUACGAAGGCGUUGACUCAUUGUCCGUCCCCGAAUUGCACAUUGCUUGUUCGCAAAGAGGUAUCAAGACCACCGACGUUUCCCCUGGCAGAUUGAGAGAAGACUUGUCCACCUGGUUGGACUUGAGAUUAAGACAGAAGAUCCCAUCCACCCUUUUAAUUUUGUCUUCCACUUAUACCUAUGGUGAUAACUCCCAUAGCAUCGAAACAUACUACGAUGCAUUGUUGGCAGUUUUGUCGUCUAUUCCUGAUGAGGUUUACAACGUUGCCAAGUUAGAGUUGUCCGAUGACUCCAAGUUGAAGUUGAACAUGUUGAAGGAACAAGACGAAAUGAUCAACGAAGAAAACUUGAGAGAAAAGGACACCGUCAACCAAGUCAAGGACAACAUCAACUUGGAUGAAUACGAAGACGCUGCUGGUGAAGGUAUGAAGGUAGAACACGAAGACGCCCAUGCCGAGGAGAAGUCCACUAAAAAACACCAGGAUGCCAAGGAAGAAUCCAAGGCUUGA